AUGGCCCGAUUCGACGUACGACGCAUCCUGGUCGACGAAGGCAGCUCAGUGGAUAUCAUGUACGUCCACCUCUUCAAGACUCUGAAGCUAGACAAGACCAACUUAGCCCCCUACGUCGGAUCAGAUCUCCAAGGACUCAACGGAGCAACAACCAGACCGUGGGGAUAUGUUGAGCUCCUCGUCACCUUCGGCGAACAAGAAACGGCCAGGGAAGUCAAAAUCCAAUUCCUGGUCGUAGACUGUCCGUCUCUCUACAAUUGCAUCUUUGGACGCCCGACACUGGCCGAACUCACUGCGGUCCCAUCCACCGUCCACCUGAAGAUGAAAUACUACACCAAAUUGGGACGUGUGGUCACCAUCCAUGGUGACAUCGAAGCAGCCCGACGAUGCUACGACGCCGCAGUAAAAGGACAGGCCGUAGUCAGCACGAAGAGCAACUGCAACAACAAAAAACUCAAGACCGAGGAUCCUUCCCGAGGAGUCAACGCCAUCGACCUCGACUGUCGCAUCGGGCUGGACGAGACCGAAGAGGGGAGGUUCCCCAAGGAACGCUCUCUCGAACACCCGGUCCGACCAACCCCCGACGGGGAGUUCGAACUCAUUCCUCUUAGGGACGAUCCGGAAAGGACAGUGAAGAUAGGUAAGGGACUACCCGAGGAAACAAGAGAAGAGCUAGUAGCAUGCCUCAAAGAGAACUCCGACCUCUUCGCGUGGAAUGCCGCAGAAAUGCCCGGGCUGGACCCCGAGAUCGCGUGUCAUAAGCUAGCUGUAGAUCGGGCAGCCAAGCCCAUAGCACAGCAUAGACGCAAGCAAUCGCCCGAAAAGGCAGAGGCUGCCGAGCGAGCUGUAAAAGACCUCUUAGAGGCAAAUUUUAUUUCUGAAGCCCAGUACACAACCUGGCUCUCUAAUGUAGUCCUCGUUAAGAAAAAUAAUGGAAAAUGGCGUAUGUGUGUUGAUUAUACUGAUCUUAAUAGGGCUUGCCCGAAAGAUGCUUUCCCCCUCCCUAAUAUAGACUCGCUCGUUGACAACUCUGCAGGUUUUAAACUCUUGUCCUUCAUGGACGCAUAUAGUGGAUACAACCAGAUCCCUAUGUCGCCCGCAGACAAGAAACACACAGCGUUCAUGACCCCAACGGGCAAUUACUAUUACAACGUGAUGCCGUUCGGGCUCAAGAACGCUGGCGCUACAUACCAACGCAUGAUGAACAAAGUCUUCAAGGACGAAAUAGGAGACAUACUCGAAGUAUACAUGGACGACAUGAUCGUCAAAUCACACGAGGAGAUAACCCAUGCUCGACACCUUACGAAGGUAUUCGAGCAGGCGAGACAGUGUAAAAUGAGGUUCAACCCCGAGAAAUGCACGUUCGGAGUCCGGGCAGGCAAGUUCCUCGGUUUCUAUCUCACCGAAAGAGGGAUCGAGGCCAACCCCGACAAAUGCCGGGCAUUCUCGGAGUUUCCGACCCCGAAAACCAAAAAAUCGAUCCAGUCACUCAAUGGAGUGCUCGCCUCACUCUCCCGUUUCAUCGCCAAGUCCGCCCAGCACGCAUUGCCAUUCUUCAGACUCCUUCGCAAAGAGGCUACCUUCGACUGGACCGAUGAAUGCGAGCAAGCGCUACUCCAUCUAAAGAAGGUUCUGUCCCAACCCCCGGUCUUAUCACGGCCAUCAGAAAAGGAAACCCUAUACUUAUACCUAUCCGUGGCGACCGAGGCCGUCAGCGCCGUUCUAAUAAGAGAAACCGACGAAGGACAAAAGCCCAUCUAUUUUACGAGUAAAGCACUCCAAGGUCCCGAGCUCCGAUAUCAGCAAAUCGAAAAGGUCGCCCUGGCCCUCAUCAACACAGCGAGGAGACUACGAUAUUACUUCCUCGCACACACGAUAAAGGUGAGGACCGACCAGCCAAUCAAACAGCUGCUCGGGCGCCCGGAUAUGGCCGGGAGGAUGCUCAAGUGGUCACUAGAACUCUCCGAAUUCGACAUACAAUACGAAAGUAGGAAAGCCUUGAAAGCUCAGGCGCUGGCCGACUUCGUCGCGGAGAUGACCCACUGCCCGACUCCAGCAGAAAGCGCCCACAAAUGGACGAUCUUCGUCGAUGGCGCCUCUAGCACGUCAGGCAGCGGGGCCGGGAUCAUCCUCGAAAAUGAAGAAGGGAUCCUGAUAGAGGUAUCAUUAGCGCUAGCGUUCCCAACAUCAAACAACCAAGCCGAAUACGAAGCCUUCCUCGCAGGCCUGAGGUUAGCCGAGGACCUGGGAGCAAAAGAGGUGAAAAUAUCCACCGACUCCCAGCUCGUGGCCUCACAAGUGCGAGGAGAAUACCGAGCCAAGAACGACAACCUCCUCGAGUACUUGUCCCUCGUCAAAGAAAAACUUGAUAGAUUUGAAAAAUGGGAAGUUCAACACAUACCCCGCGAGCACAACACACGGGCAGACGUUCUCUCGAAACUAGCCAGCACGAGGAAAAAGGGUAGGAAUAAAUCAGUAAUCCAAGAAAUCCUCCCUCGGCCCAGCAUCGACAAACUACCGCCUCCACUCGAGGUCAACGCUAUUGGAGAUGCCCACUGUUGGAUGACACCCAUCUACAAUUACCUCACACGAGACGAACUCCCGGCUGACCCGAAAGAGGCGACCACUGUCAAACGACGCGCAUGCUCAAGAAACCAGAAAAACCCGAGAGAGGGCAAACUGGCGGCCAACUGGGAAGGUCCUUACCGCGUCCGCGACAAAACGAGCAACGGGGCCUAUUACCUAGAAAACCUACAAGGAGAACAACUCGCUCGACCAUGGAACGCAGAAAAACUUAGACAGUAUUACAGCUAA